UUUUGGACACCUGCCUGGGAAAUGGUGAUUCGGUUCCCUGUGACCUUGGGGGUUGAAUGGGACAGGGACAGGGUGUCCCUUGUUGCUCCUCCCCUGUCACUUCUACCCCGCCCUUUACAUUCCUAAACUUCCUGGGACGGAACUGUUUGGCAUUUUCCGGUCCUAGUUGAGGGCUGGGGUGCCCUAGGUCUUCUGGGGGGAAAAUGGAGCCCAGGAGUGCAGCGCCUGGGCCACCCAGCUGGAUACCUCAAAUAGCCUCGGGGUCUGCGACAGCAGCUGAGCUCGUAUAUCAUCUAGCGGGGGCCCUGGGCACUGAGCUGCAAGAGCUGGGGCGUCGUUUUGGUCCAGAGGCAGCGGCGGGGCUGGUGCCACUUGUGGUGCGGGCACUGGAGUUCCUGGAAAAGGCUGCUGUUGGGCCCGCCCCGGACUCGCUGCAGGUGUCUGCCCAGCAGGCCGAACUGGAGCUACGGAGGUUGAGGCAGGAGAAUGAGCACCUCCGUAGGCAACUAUGCUCGGGACCGCAGGAGGAGCAUGCGCUACUGCAGCAGCUCAAGGAGGUGACGGACAAACAGCGGGACGAGCUCCGGGCUUAUAACCGCGACCUUCUGCAACGUAGCCAGGAGAUGGAAGCCUUGCAGGAGCAGCUGCAGCGCCUCCUGCUGGUAAAUGCGGAGCUGCGACACAAGCUGGCCGCCGUGCAAGCCCAGCUGCGGGCUGCACAGGACCGCGAGAGGGAGCGUGAGCUACCACUGCAAGGCCCUGGCCAGCAAGAGCAGAGACCUGAGCUUGAUCCAGUGACUCCUGAGGACCCGAUGCAUACCUCACCACAGCCAGACCACCCUCCGGAGGCAGGGCAGUGUGGCUUCAGCAGGGAGGAGGUUGAGCAGAUCCUUCAAGAGCGGAAUGAGCUCAAAACCAAUGUGUUUCUGCUCAAGGAGGAGUUGGCCUAUUUCCAGCGGGAACUGCUCACAGACCACAGAGUCCCUGGGCUUCUGCUUGAAGCCAUGAAGGUGGCUGUCAGGAAACAGCGAAAGAAGAUCAAGGCCAAGAUGUUAGGGACACCAGAGGAAGCAGAGAAUAGUUUUCAGUUUCCUGCCUUGACUGGGUCUAUCUGUUAGAGAAAUGGUUCUGGGCCUGCAGCUUUGCCAGGGGCCUGCUACCUGCCAGGCUAUAAAGUAAAAGCCUCAAGAUGUCCUGUGAUUCCUUCACUCCAGCUGGGAACCCUGAAGUCCUUCUGUCCUUCCCUGGUGCUCCUGGAGGCCAUUUAAAAAACUCCACGUGAGCUGAACUCCUGUUGUCCCUCAGGGCCUCAAUAUGUGGCCCUCACAUCUUCUCUUUCCUCUGUCUUAGUGAUGAUGAGGAUGGCUCCUGGCUCCAGCUCUCUAGCAAUAAAGGAGAUGAUCCCCCACCCUCUGAGUCCAGAAUACAGAGUUUGUAUGUUGAGGGAAGGGAAGGGCAGGAGGGGAGGUGAAGGAGGAGUCCUGUUUUUUUUCCUUUCCUUCUCCACUGCCUCUCACCGUGCUAUCCUGAGCUCCAACAAACCCUCCCUCCUGAUCUGACCCCAUUCAGCUCCCCAUGACCACACACUGCCCUUUUUUCCCUCUGUAUCUCCUUUCCCACCACUCCCUGCCCUCGUCCCAUAUCCUUGACUUCUCUGGCUUUCUGGUUCAAAGUACCUCCUGGCUCUCCCUCCAGCUUUGGCUCAUGGUAUCACAGUGAAGCAGAGGCCUCAGAAGCUAAGACCAGCAAUACCACUCCCGGUGAACUAGGGGAAGAAGAGGAGGCCCCACAGCAACCUCACUUGGAGCCUGUGGGCACCCCUCCAGCCCCCAA